UAAAACGUAAGGGAACGAAAAACUUCCGAUUCGAUGGGGUCACGUGGCUGUGCAUGUAUAGGACGAUGAUGAGCUCGCUAGGCAGGCCUCGCGUUUGGAGGAUGUUUUCGAGCUCGAGCAUGCCAUGCGCUGAUCACGGACGUGUCCUGUUCCAAGGGACGAUGCCGGAUCACUUUGCCACUACCGAGUCCGAUGUGGCGGGUCGUCCGAGCUUGCCCGAGGUUAACUCGCGAUUGAAGGAGCUGGUGAAACUCGGUCAGUUGAGCGAUGCUCGCAGGAUGUUCGACGAUAUGCCUCGCCGGGACGAGAUUUCGUGGACCACGAUGAUUUCCGGAAAUGUCGCUGCCAUGAACGCCGGCGAGGCUCUGGGCUUGUUCUUGAAUAUGUGGGUUGCGCCGGGGCUCAAGAUGGACCCUUUCAUCCUCAGUCUCGCGCUCAAGGCCUGUGGACUCGACGUGAAUCUGAAACUUGGCGAGUCAUUACAUGGGUAUGCUGUGAAAUCGGGACUAAAGAACUCCGUUUUUGUGGGUAGUACCCUUUUGGACAUGUAUACUAAAACGGGCAGAACCGAGCUAGGUUGUUGGGUCUUCGAUGAGAUGCCGCUGAGAAAUGUCGUUUCUUGGACGGCCAUCAUCACCGGACUAGUUCGUAGUGGUAAUUGUAGGGAGGGGUUGUCGUACUUCUCCAAAAUGUGGAGAUCGAAGGUGCAAUGUGAUACAUAUACAUUUGCCAUUUCGCUGAAGGCAUGUGCUGAUUUGGGUGCUUUGGACCAGGGGAGGGAGAUACACACUCACACUGUAAAGAAAGGAUUCGAUGAAACCUCAUUUGUUGCCAAUACCCUCGCGACAAUGUAUAACAAGUGUGGAAAGUUGGAUUAUGGAUUGCGAUUGUUUGAAAGGAUGCCAACGCGAGAUGUGGUGUCUUGGACCACAAUAAUUACUACAUACAUUCAGAUGCGUCAGGAGGAAUCUGCCAUCAGAGCUUUUCUAAAGAUGCGAGAAUCAGAUGCUAGCCCUAAUGCAUACACAUUUGCUGCAGUUAUAUCUGGUUGUGCCAAUCUCACCAAAAUUGACUGGGGCGAACAAUUGCAUGCCCAUGUUCUAUGCAUAGGUCUUUUCAGUUCUCUUUCUGUGGCAAACUCCGUUAUGACAAUGUACUCCAAGUGUGGACAGUUGACUUCGGCUUCAAUUGUUUUUAAUGAAAUGACAAUGAGGGAUGUGGUUUCAUGGAGCACAUUGAUCGCGGGGUAUUCAAAUGGACGAUGCGGUGAGGAUGCUUUUGAGCUUCUAUCACUAAUGAGAAGAGAAGGACCAAAGCCAACUGAGUUUGCUCUUGCUAGCAUCCUGAGUGUGUGUGGAAAUAUGGCUAUCCUUGAUUCAGGAAAGCAGCUGCAUGCUCAUGUCCUGCUGAUUGGUUUAGAACAUACGUCUAUGAUACAAAGUGCUCUAAUUAACAUGUAUGGCAAAUGCGGGAGUGUAAAAGAAGCAUCACGAAUCUUUGAUGUGGCAACAAACAAUGAUGUCGUGUCUUGGACGGCAAUGAUAAAUGGAUAUGCUGAACAUGGAUACAGCCAUGAAGCAAUUGAUUUAUUUGAGAAACUGCCUGCAGUGGGCUUGAGACCGGACCCUAUCACCUACAUUGGUGUUCUUACGGCCUGUAGCCAUGCCGGGCUGGUUGAUCUUGCAUUUCGUUAUUUUGAUACAAUGAGUGUGAAGCACCAGAUCAUUCCUACAAAGGAACACUAUGGCUGCAUGAUUGAUCUCCUUUGUCGUGCUGGUCGCCUAACUGAGGCAGAGAACAUUAUCAAAAUCAUGCCAUUCAAACGGGAUGAUGUUGUUUGGUCAACUUUGUUGAGAGCAUGCAGAGUCCAUGGUGAUGUCGACCAUGGAAGGCGCGCUGCUGAGCACAUUCUUGAGUUAGAUCCACAUUGUGCUGGAACUCACAUUACGCUGGCUAACAUAUAUUCUGCCCAAGGGAGAUGGAGGGAAGCGGCAGAUAUAAGGAAGACGAUGAAGUCUAAGGGGGUAAUUAAGGAGCCUGGAUGGUCCUGGAUCAAGGUGAAAGAUCGUGUAUCUACAUUUGUAGCUGGUGAUAGGACUCAUCUAGAUUGUGAAGAAAUAUACAAUACUUUCGAUUUCUUGAGUCUGGAUGAAAUUGAUGUCAAUGAUGUGGAUAUAUUUCUGGAUGAUGUUGGAGAUUGAAGAAGCAAUGCUUCAUCUUUCAUUACAGUUGAGGUCAGCUCUAUUAAUUUUGACUGGCUAGAUCUUGCGAAGACACAGAUAUGUGGGGAAACCGUUGCUGGUCAUGAGCAACAACUGACAACGGCGUGGAAUAUGCUAGUUGUCCUUUGUGAAAGAAUCAUUUUGGAGACUAUCUCAAAGUUCGAAGCAGUAUGAGGUCAUCAAAUCGUCCACUACUCAAAAGUCUCCUAAGCAUACUGCAGGGCUUUUGGUUUUCGGGAGGGUAUUGCUCUCUCAAAGGCGAGCCACUACCGCAUCUCAUUUACGGAGUGAACAACUAUGCAACGUUCUGAAUUUUUUUGGGAGAAACUAGUCUUGAGGAUGCGGCUUCCCUCAUGAAUGAUGUUGAGGACUUAAACGGAGCAUCCUUUCACUGUUCCAUUUUGAUGGGCUCUUCACUAGUAUUUUUAGUUACCAGAGUUGGCAGCAGAAAAGGUGCGACAGGAAAAGCUGAUUUUGCCCAAUAUUUGUCUAAAGCAACAGGUAGAAGCAGGUGAUGGUUUUGGGGAACCAGAGGAAUACAUUUUAUGCUGAGUGGAACCGCUGCUUAUGCCAGUGGCUUCAAUACCUAUUGGUUGAUGUACACAGCUUCUGACCCUUCAGAUGUAUAAAAAUGCAGCUGCAUUCGUGAAGCUUCAAGCCAUGGCCUCACUGUUGCAAGAACAUGGGCUUUAACUGAUGGUGGUUACAGACCUUUACAGCACUCUUCCGGUUCCUAAUAUGAAUAAAUGUUUUCAGAUGCCCAGCACAUCCUCAGGAAGCCAUCAGCUUCCUGACCGAGUUCAGUCAAUCGUGGAGGGAUCCUGGUUUCAGCACUCACCCGAAAGAUCAGCUCGUCAACGCAGUACGCUAUCAAGCUUUGGCUCCAAGAGGCAGAGCGGUCGCAGGAAGCUCACUCUGGCAACUUUUAAUUGAAAGCCUUGUCUCUACCACGAGCCAGUUAUGAAAUCAUCCUGAGCCAGAGCCCCUCAACUGCAAGUUUCAUCGCAUAUCAGUCCCACAAGUUGUAUCAGAUCUGUAAGAUUUCAGCGAGGAUGAUAAACAUUGAGGACUUGAAAAGAGCACAGGCUGCAUGUAGCAUGGGAAGGCGCAUUGGGAGCUGUAAACGGUGGGUUUUUAUGUGGAAAGUUAGAGGGUUUCCAUGUAAAUAUAAAGAGUUAACGACAGUAAAUACCUUGAGAAGAGGUAUCCUCUCUCUCUCUCUGAUUGGGUUUGUUGGCCCUUAGGCUAGCUGAAAAUAGUAUAAAUGGAUGAUGUUUAUGAGUUUCUGCUCUUUUGGACGUUUCCAAAAUCUGUAAGCUGUUUGCAGUUUCACAUUGAUUUAUUGCUAUACAAGACCAAUUUUGAAA